UGUAGGUUUAUAUCUCUGUGAAGGAAACAAAAUGAUCUGAUUAUUAUUUAAAAUCUAAACUUUGAAGAUCUGAACACGAGUUAUAUCCACAGAGCUUCAGUCUCUGAUAAACUGCCUCGUCCUGCGUUAGAAAAACAACCAAAGAGCUGAGAAGAAACGACUGAAUCUGUCCAAAAAAGAAGCGUAUUGAGUCUGAAUGAUUGUUUAAAAUGAUCAAAAAUAAAAAUAUGAGGAAAACUGAUCAAUAUUUAAAGGAAAUAAUCUGCUCAAAAUUCAUCCAAAUUGUUCGUAUUACACAAACUUCCUGCAGUUACUGAGUUCACUGUUCAGUUUAUCAGCUGUUCUCUCGUUAAUAUCCCAAAAAAUAUGUCAUUUAUAGCGUUUCUCCACCAAUUAGCUCUGAGCUCGAUGCCAUCAAACGAAGCAGCCCACGUUUCCAUCAGUUCAGAGUGGAACCGUUGUGAUCGAUAGAGAGGAAACCAGAUACUUUCAUUUAACUGUAACUGACAUAAUCAGGGAUGUUUCUGUAGCUUACAGGUAUAAAGUUUGAUUGAUUGAAAGCAGCUUUAUCUUUUUUAAAUCAAUAUAAAAUAAAAACUAUAAUAGCUCAAACGUUCAAGCUUUAACUUCAGUCUGUAACGCCGUCACAUUGCACUCUGGGUGAUAUCCAGGAGGAGACGAGCAGCUAAAUAAUGUAAGUGAAAAUGAUCACGUCUCAAAAACUUAAACAACUUCUGGAGUGUCAGGAAAUAUUAAGUUCAUGUUUCUACAUUUAGAAAUAUUUUGAAUCAUUUUCAUUUAAUAAAAUCUGAUGAUGUGUGUUUUAUUCAUCAUUCUUCCUACUGUUGUUUGUUUCUAUUUCCCAUGCUUAUUUAUAUAUAGAAAUACAUACACAUAUAUACUUUUUUUGUUCUUUUUAUUUCAGUACAAACUAAUAAACUACAAAAGAUUCAAAGCAGAACCAACUCACACAAAAAACAAUUUAAAAAAAGAAUAGAAAUGGAUAAAAGAAAACAAAAAAGAAAGUGAAUUUAUGACUCAAUUUUAGUCCUUUUUCUAAUUAUUAUGUUUUAUUUACUUAUAAAAACCUUUUAGCUUCGGUUUUACAGGGUUUAGGGACAUGAAUCAUCUCAAAGUACUCGAAGAUCUGACGUCACAAUAAGCAAAAAUACCAACGGAGGCCUUUUUCUCUGGCCGAGUUCAGAGGGUUAAACGUCUCAUUAGGAACUUUAUCUGGCAGCUUAUCUCUGAAGUAAAGGAGGAAACACACAGACUUAAUUCAGUCGCUGUUGUUCUGUUAAAUGACACAUAUUUGAAUAACUGGUAUUUUAGCAGCAAGGACUCCACCUCUGUUUGAACACUGACUACGUAGGUACCUGUGUGUGUGUGUGUGUGUGUGUGUGUGUGUGUGUGUGUGUGUGUGUGUGUGUGUGUGUGUGCUCAGCAGGUGUGGUGGCUGCAGCAGGUCGAAGCAGACGGACUUCUUGAAGCUGAAGAUGGCCGACUGAACUGUGGAGGAAACGGGACAGACCAGAACAACGUUUCACAGCCGACUGAACAAAAACGCAGAAGAAAUGAGAUUUAAAUAAGAGCUGUGGUCGUUACUCUCAGAGCUCCUCUCUUCAUCCUCUUCAUCCUCAUCCUCAUCAUCCUCGUCAUCAUCAUCCUCGUCAUCAUCAUCAUGCCUUCCAUCAGUCCACAACCAACUUCUUCUCAUCCAGCACAUCUGGCAUCAAAUCCAUCUCAUUCGACACCUCAUGCAUCACCGUCAGAGGCUCCCCCCAUCGCGUCCUCCCCAGCCCUGACCUCCCACCCCUUCACCAUCAUCUUCACCACCGCCGUCUACACUAACACCACCCUCAGCCCGGCCGGCGCCUUCUUCAACAACCUUCUGAACAAGAUCCCCCUGCCUCGAUGGCUGGUUUACGCCAUCUUUGUGGCCGGCGGUCUGCUGAUUCUGCUCUGCUGUCUGUGUAUCUGCAUCAAGUGCUGCUGCAAGGGGAACAAGAAGAAGAAGCAGCAGAAAAAGGACGAGAAGAUCAAUCUGAACGGCGUGAACGGAAAAACCACCUCAGCUUUAAUUCAGCCGGACGUGGCGGAUGUGGACUACGGCUCGGCCAAAAAGCGGCGAGGAAAGCUGCUCUACUCUCUGGAAUACAACGGCGCUCAGUCUGAGCUCACAGUGGGGAUCAAACAAGCCAGCGGCCUGAAGGCCAUGGACCUGGGAGGAAGCUCGGACCCGUACACCAAAGUCUACAUCUGCCCCGAGAAAUCCAAAACCUGUGAGACCAAAGUGUUCAGACACACGCUGAACCCCGUCUUCAACGAACAAUUCAACUUCCAUAUAUCCAAGUCGUCCCUCCUGGCUUCGACGGUGGUGAUGCAGAUCUUUGACUUUAACAGAUUCUCCAAACACGACAUCAUCGGCGAGCUCAGGGUGCAGCUCUGCAACGUGGACUGGAACCACGUCAUCGAGGAGUGGCAGGACCUCGCCGAGCCCUCCAAGUUUGAGGACGAAAACCUGGGAGAGAUCUGCCUCUCUCUGCGCUACGUUCCCACCGCCGCCAAGCUGACCGUGGUGAUCCUGGAGGCCAAAAACCUGAAGAGGAUGGACAUCGGUGGAAGUUCAGAUCCUUACGUGAAGGUGCAGUUGGCUCUGGACAAGAGGAAGUGGAGGAAAAGGAAGACGUCUAUUAAAAAGAAGACCCUGAAUCCUUAUUACAACGAGUCCUUCACCUUCGACGUGUCAUAUGAACAAAUCCAGAGGGUGAACCUGGUGAUCUCGGUGUGGGACCACGACGCCAUGACGCGAAACGACGCCAUGGGGAAGAUCUUCCUGGGCUGCGACGCCUCGGGGAACCAGCUCAGGCACUGGGCCGACAUGUUGUCCAACCCGCGGCGGCCGAUCGCUCAGUGGCACAACCUGCUGUCGGCCGAGCAGGUCAACUCCACCCUGAACCUGAAGAAGAGGAUACCCCUCGCCAGCAAACUGCCCUUUUGACGCUCCGGCACAGAAAAAAAAACCCCAGAUUUAAAUAUUGUUUAAAGAUAAUUAUUAAAGCUGAUUUAAAAUUAUAUUUUGGUAUUAAAUUUAGUCUAUAAAUCAUAUUUUAAUUCCAGACUUGAGCACUUUUUACAUUCUUCCUGUAUGAAUUUUCUGUAAUUUGUAUUAAAUAUGUUAUCUCAUGUAAUCUAAGAUCUUUUCCUGAACCCAGAACUUUAUUUACAGUGUUUUUAAAAGUUAUUUCUUUUACGUUACUGUGGAAGAUUUGAAAAUGUUUCACAUUGGCGCCCUCUGGUGGUCGGCUGAGGAAUGACACCAGUAAUGCAGACGUCAGUAAAAUUCGUUGAUCUGAAGUUUCUGUUUAAUGUUUGUGUUAAAUAUAAUAUAUAUUGAAGAGUCACAAUUAAUUCUUAUUAAAAAAGUCUAUUUUUGCUUCUUUUACAGGCUUUUCAGACAAAGUUCACCAAAAUUAAAAAGUUAUUCCAAUUUGUUUCCUUCUGUCUGUAGAUUUUACAGUGAAAAACUAAAAGGCUGUAAACUCGAAAUAGGUUAAAGUUUCUGUAAUUGUGAGAAAACCUUCAUUUAUACGGCAUUUUAAAGGAAAUUAUACAGAAUAAAGUAGGUUUUUUUUUAAAUAAUUGAUGGUAAAUUGCACAGAAAACCACAAUCAUAGUUUUCAAAUUGUAUUUUAAUGUUUGUUUUGAUGGUAAAAACUUGUAUUUAUACGGUAAAAUAUGGAUUAAAUUGACCACCCUAAAUGCCCAGAGGAAGAAUAUCUGAUCUCAACUGUGCAACCGAAGAUUUUUCACUUCUAGAUGUAACACAAAAUUCUGUUUGUCCUGUUAUUUUUAACAUUUUUUUACCUGAUCAAAUGAAAUCACCACAAGUUUAUCUGUCAUUCCCACUAUUAAACAAAUACAGCUGAAAUUAAA